CACUUAGCCUAAUCCACAAAGAUUUGAUGAGAGACAGACAACAGCUCUCCCUUAAUUUCAAAUCUUUUGCAAAUUAAAGACACAACAAAUAGCAUCUUUUCUUGUUUAUUUUAUUAUGCUUUCUGUACCCUUUAACAACAAUUAUUAUCAAAUUUCGUUUAUUCUUCUGUAAUGAAUAAAAACUAAUAUUUUAAUGAAAGAAAAUGGUUUUCAUUCUGUCUCUUCUCUCCCCUCGCUCCUCUGUUGUUGUUCCCGUCCCGUUCCGACCUUUGAACCUUCUCGAUUACCCGACAAAACUCACAGGCCUAAACAAGACGAUAAGAUAUUCCAAACUGAGUUAAAGUAAUUAUAAAAUUAAAUAUAAUUUUCAUUUUAAAAAAAACACUCUUACUCUCUUCAAAACCGUCUCUGUUCUCUCUCUUUUACUUGAAUUCUUCUUCUACUCAUUUCUCACUAUAAUGUGAAACCCUAACUACUCAGAUUUGGUUAGGGCUUGUACUUACUAGAUCCGUACAAAAUCAGCUAGCCAAUGGGGAAUUGCUGCAGAUCUCCGGCGGCCGUUGCCAGAGAAGACGUUAAAUCGAGCUUUUCCGGUCAAGAUCACAGUCGCAAAGACUCAUACGCCAACAAGAAACAACCUAUCACUGUGUUACACGGAGUCCCAAAAGAGAACAUCGAAGAUAGGUACUUAGUGGACCGUGAGCUGGGCCGCGGUGAGUUCGGCGUCACGUAUCUCUGUAUCGAGCGAGAGACGCGUGAAUUGCUGGCUUGUAAAUCAAUAUCCAAGCGGAAAUUGCGAACGGCCGUUGAUAUCGAAGAUGUGAGACGUGAAGUAGCAAUAAUGAAGCAUUUGCCGAAGAAUUCGAGUAUUGUGAGCUUGAAGGAGGCGUGUGAGGACGACAAUGCGGUGCACUUAGUAAUGGAGUUGUGUGAGGGUGGAGAGCUUUUUGAUCGGAUUGUUGCGAGAGGCCAUUAUACGGAAAGAGCCGCCGCCGCGGUUACCAGAACGAUUGUGGAAGUUGUGCAGUUAUGUCACAAGCAUGGGGUGAUUCAUAGAGACUUGAAGCCUGAGAAUUUUUUGUUCGCAAAUAAGAAGGAGAAUUCGCCCUUGAAGGCUAUCGAUUUCGGACUCUCCAUAUUCUUCAAGCCUGGUGAGAGGUUUUCGGAAAUUGUUGGAAGUCCAUAUUACAUGGCUCCUGAGGUGCUCAAGCGAAAUUAUGGACCGGAAAUUGAUAUAUGGAGUGCUGGAGUUAUCCUUUAUAUUUUGCUGUGUGGGGUUCCUCCAUUUUGGGCUGAAUCUGAACAAGGGGUAGCACAGGCUAUUCUUCGGGGGCUAAUAGAUUUUAAAAGGGAUCCAUGGCCAAAUAUUUCAGAAAGUGCCAAGAGUCUAGUUAGACAAAUGCUGGAACCCGAUCCAAAGCUUCGACUAACUGCGAAGCAAGUGCUUGAGCAUCCUUGGCUACAAAAUGCUAAAAAAGCUCCAAAUAUUCCUCUUGGAGAUGUUGUCAAGUCAAGGCUCAAGCAAUUUUCAAUGAUGAACAGAUUCAAAAGAAAAGUUCUCAGGGUUAUUGCUGAUUUCUUGUCCAUUGAGGAAGUUGAAGACAUCAGAGAGAUGUUCAAGAAGAUGGACAGUGAUAAUGAUGGAAUUGUUUCAAUUGAGGAGUUGAAAUCUGGCCUUAGAAAUUUGGGCUCCCAGCUUGCAGAAUCUGAAGUUCAGAUGCUUAUUGAAGCUGUCGAUACCAAUGGGAAAGGAACACUUGAUUAUGGUGAAUUUGUUGCUGUUUAUCUCCAUCUACAGAGAAUGGCUAAUGAUGAGCAUCUUCGCAAGGCCUUCUCCUACUUUGACAAGGAUGGUAAUGGCUUCAUUGAGCCUGAUGAGCUGCGUGAUGCCUUGAUGGAAGAUGGAGCAGAUGAUUGUACUGAUGUUGCAAAUGACAUUUUCCAAGAAGUAGACAUGGACAAGGAUGGACGAAUUAGCUAUGAUGAAUUUGUGGCCAUGAUGAAAACAGGAACUGAUUGGAGAAAGGCUUCUCGCCACUACUCGAGAGGAAGAUUUAACAGUCUGAGCAUAAAGUUGAUGAAAGAUGGUUCUAUAAAUUUGGGGAGUGAGUAGGAUGUAUGUAUUUGUAGGCUGUGUUCAUUUAAUCAACUUAAAGUUCCAACACUUCCCAUGCAUCGUGGACCUACUGCUUCCUUCUUUUGUGGUUAUUUGUGGGAUCCCUGAUUAUCUGUGAUACUUUUGAUUGGUGGUUUACAAGAAUGAUGGAGGGCUGAAAAUAACUAGUCCAUCUUUUCUUCAAGUAUUUAAUCUGUGUAGAAACCUUGCAGCCGUGAUACACCACUUGUGAUUAUGCUCUUCUUUACUGCGGCAACCUGGGAUAAUCAUUUUCUGUUCAAAGUAUGGGAGUGUGAACUGAACUAUGUAGUUCUGUAGUAUAUUGUUGUUCAAGAAAUAUGGCGAUGCUAGUGUCUGCACCUGCUUUUUCCUUAAAGUGUAGUAAAAUCAUCUAAUGCUACAGUUACUAAAUGCUUAUUUGCAAUUUAACCUUUUCUCAUUA